CUAACAAGACUGUCUCCCUGGACCAGAAACCGCUGCAAGAGUCAACGAUCCAGCUUUUGGGUGGAGAACAGGACAAUAACAGGUCUCAGGACCACAAUGAACAUUCAGUCUGCCAUCAACAAAGAGAUCUUCAUCCCUCGUGAUGAGCGGAUGCUGGUGGCAGUGGAGGUGCGGAGGAGGAAAAGGAAGAGGAUGUCCUUCCUGCCGACUGGAGCCAAAGGAGACUACGCCACAUUCAUCUGUGUGUCAGUGACCAACAGGAGGCCACAUCAGCUCCUCAUUACAAAGGUGAAGCAAUUUGGUGGCUCCUCCUCCUUCACCAGGAGGUCCCAGUGGACGGUGGAGCAACUCCGACAGGUCAACGGCAUCAACCCCAGCAAGGACAGCCCAGAGUUUGACCUGGUGUUUGACAAUGCUGUGGACCAGUGGGUGGCCACCUCAUCAGCAGAGAAGUGUAUCUUUGUCCAGAUCCUGUACCACGCCUGCCACACCUACUGGGAGGGGAAAGCGGGGAGUCCGGGAAAGGCUGGGAAGCUGGGCAAGCUGGGCCGCCAGGGGAGAGCAAGCCAGGAUGCACACCGUGAGAUCAGUGCUGGUCCCAGUGACUCCUCACAAGAGUCUGCAUCCAGAACCCUGCAGGCCCGACGGAAGAGCUACGUUCCUCUCAAACAGACAGAGUUCAUCAACUGCCAGUCCAAACUCACAGGAGAUGCCUGCACUAUGAAUCUGGUCAUCUACCGCUGCAAAGCCUUCUUGAAUCGUAUGAAGAAAAUGAUGGUUGCAAACCAAAGUCGAUCACCAGGGCGGGGUCAGCCUGGCCAGCGUGUCACAGGCACUAUGGGUAAUGUAGUCCACAGGGUGAAUGUGGCUCUGGGCGAGCGUGGAGACAGACUGACACGUGCUGAGGACAAGACUGUGGAGCUGAUGCACAAAGCUCAACAGUUUGCUGACACUGCUCACAAGCUGACCCUGAGUGUUGGACGUGGCUGGCCUCCUUACCUGUCCGACAGCAGCAUAAAGACCACAGUGUACAGGAAACUCGUUCGCCAGACCAGUAUCUUAAUAUGGACUCUAACCACCACUUACAACAUUAAGCUCAGUGGUGAGGACCCUCCUACACAGAGCACAACAUCUGUUAGUGACGAGGAUGAUAGAAAGAGGGGGGUGAUGCAGAUCCAGGGAACACUCUGCUAUAAGACCAGUACUGACACUGCCAGCCGGGGCAGGUCCUACUGCACAUGA